ACUCUUACCUUAUCUCUGCGUUUGCAUUUUCCAAUAGCUUUGAGUUGGAUUAACCAAGUCCACCGAUGGGGUUUCAUCUCCCACACAUCUUUGGUUUUUUCACUUUCACACUGGUUGUAAGCCAUGCUGCUCUUUCGCCUCAACUUUAUUGGAAUUCUGUCUUGCCAAACACACCGAUGCCCAAAACUCUGAGUGAACUUCUGCAAUCUGACUUCAGCGAAGAAAAAAGCACCUCAGUUCUGGUAGGGAAGGGUGGUGUCAACGUUAAUGCAGGUAAAGGAAAGCCUGGAGGAACCAAUGUGAAUGUUGGGAAGGGUGGUGUGAAUGUGCACGCUCCAAACAAAAAGCCAGGUGGUGGUACUAAUGUCAACGUUGGGAAGGGAGGCGUAAAUGUGCAAACUGGGAAGGGAAAGCCAGGGAGCGGUACCAAUGUCAACGUAGGGGGAAAAGGUGGUGUUGGAGUGCACACCGGAAAGCCCGGAAAGAGAACCAACGUUGGUGUUGGCAAAGGAGGAGUGCAUGUAAGCACACACCACAAGGGAAAACCUGUAUAUGUUGGAGUAACACCAAGCAAAAACCCAUUCCUGUACCAGUAUGCUGCUACUGAGACUCAGCUUCAUGAAGAUCCACAGGUCGCUCUUUUCUUCUUGGAGAAGGACAUGCAUCCAGGCACAAAGAUGAACUUGCACUUCACUACAAGUUCAGACACAGCAACUUUCCUCCCACGCAAAACUGCAGAAUCGAUCCCUUUCUCAUCAUCUAAACUGCCAGAAAUUUUGGACCAGUUUUCAGUGAAACCAGAAUCGGCGGAAGCAGACACACUUAAGCAAACCAUUGAAGAGUGUGAGAAACCAGGUAUUACAGGAGAGGAAAAAUAUUGUGCAACCUCUUUGGAGUCGAUGGUUGACUUCAGCACUUCCAAGCUUGGAAGGAACAUUCAGGCACUCUCAACAGAGGUUGCAAAGGGAACCACCAUGCAGAAGUACACAAUAUUGCCAGGAGUGAAGAAGCUGGCAGGUGAAAAUUCCAUUGUGUGUCAUAAGCAGAACUAUGCAUACGCUGUCUUCUACUGCCAUGCAACAACAACCACAAGAGCUUAUGUAGUGCCACUGGAAGGUGCUGAUGGAGUGAACGCUAAAGCAGUAGCAGUCUGCCACACAGACACCACAGAAUGGAACCCAAAGCAUUUGGCCUUCCAAGUCCUUAAAGUUAAACCAGGAACCAUUCCCAUCUGCCAUUUUCUUCCUAGUGAUCAUAUUGUCUGGGUACCCAACCAGAAAUCCACAUAAGCUGAAUCCAUUAGUUGUUAUACCUGGGCGUUUAGCAUAGUCGUUUGAAAACCGACUCCUUGUCACUAUGUACUUCAACUUAUACUCAAAAAGCAUGCCAUAGUGGACAUGUUAUAUAUAUUCAGUAAUACAUAAUAAGCUUUGGCUUUCUGCUGCUA